CCCAGUCAAAAAUCUCAUCUUUUCCACAACUUUCGUUCUAUAUAUACCCCUCUCCUUUCUUGCCACUGCAUCACUAAACACACAUUUACCAAAAAAUGCUCACUAUCUCUCUGCCUUGAAUAGGGUUCUUUCAUAUUAGAAUUUUCUCCUUUUUGAAGUCAUUUUUUUGUCAUUAAAACUACUGAUCCAGAUACCUUUCCUUCACCCUUCGCUGUAUUUUCAUGUAAAGUUCUGAUUCUGGGUCAUUAAAGCUGCUGAUAAAGAUACCCUUUUUGCCAUCUAAUGUAAAGUUCUGAUUUAAAUAGCUUAAGCCUUUUAUACCAAAUUGUAUGUUCUUGCCUUAAUUUGCAGUCCACAAUUCAAACAACACCAUUGUCUUUUCUUGCACCUCAAAGAAUGGAAAAAACUGGUACUUUGGAAUGCAAGACUCUAAUCAGCGAGUUAACUCAAGGUAGGGAACUGGCAAACCAGCUUAAAAACUACCUUCAUCCGGCAAAAUCGCACGAGGCCUGCGGGAUUUUAGUGGAGAAUAUACUCUCUUCCUAUGAAAAUGCUUUUUCAUUGCUAAAUUGUAUGGUUAUGUUUGGAGAAACUUCAUCAGUUUCUGCUGCCAUUUUGGAGUCACCUAAUUCCCUUGCUGGUACUCCAACCAGUGAGGGCUCUAACCCUUUUUCUAAGGAUCAAAACCAACGAGACGUAUUCAAGAAAAGAAAGAUAUUGCCUAAAUGGAGUGAAGAAGUUCGCGUUUGCUCUGGGACUGGACUGGAAGGAACUCUUGAUGAUGGAUACAAUUGGAGAAAAUAUGGCCAGAAAGAUAUUUUAGGGGCUAGCUUCCCGAGGGCAUAUUACAGAUGCACUCAUCGUCAUACGCAAGGAUGUUUGGCCACAAAACAAGUCCAGAAAUCAGACGAAGACCCCUCAAUUUUUGAGGUCAACCAUAGAGGAAGGCACACUUGUAUUCAAGAAAGGCUAAAGCAGAAGAAAGAAGAUUAUAAUGUAAAGGAAGUAGACAGCAAUAAUAGACAGGCAGAGGAGAUGGUGAUCAGCAACGAACCAGGCAUUAAACUUGAAACUUCAGAUUUGAAUCCUAAGGAGGAAAUAGAUCCUUCCUUCUCCUUUCUUCUGACUCCAAUUUUAUCUGAUGACGUGGAAACUAAAUUCUCGUUAGAGCCUGCCAAGGAAAGCAAUCUCACGGAAAGUAAUACGUCUCCAUUUCUAUCCCCAGCCACAUCUGAGUGUAACUAUUUCUCAGAAUCACUGUGCCAGAUGAACGACUUCUGGGUUGAUGUUGAUAACAACUUGCAAAGCUCAGAAUCAGAUUUUGCCGAAAAAAUUUCCACCCCAACUUCAGUCACCAAUUCCCCAUUCAGAUAUUGGGAUUUCACAGCUGAUCCAUUGGAGUUGGAUCCUAGUUUCCGUCUUGAUGCCUCUGAGUACUUUUGACUUCAUAGUUCAUACCACAUAUUCAUUCACUCAGAGAGACCAGGUGUCAAAUAUGUGCUGCAAUAAAGUGCUUCUGUACCUGUUGAUCCUAUUGUGCAGAUGAAAUGUGUUUAUAAAAGUAGGUACAUAGUUUCAAUGUCUUGCGGAAUUUGAGUCUCCAGUGGUGUAAAAUGAGUGAGUUUUCCUUGCAUAAGUAGAUAGUCUGGAAUCAUUCUGUUUUUGCGUAUUUGUAUCAGCUGUUCGAAACCAAGAGCAUUACAUGCUUUGGUUCUGAAAUCAUUAUUUCUCACCGAGUAAAUGUUCGAGAAAAUAAAAGUUUUCAUUGAGCAUAAAAGUUUAAUCUUUUGCACAUAUUCGUAAUA